AUGGAAGAAAACGUCGAUUGUGUUGAUGUGUUGAUUGUUGGAGCUGGCCCAGUAGGCCUUAUCACGGCCUUCCAACUUGCCCUGUUCGGCGGUGUCUCGGUUCGUAUCAUUGAGAAACACGCCAAAUCGAUGCAAGAUUCGUACGGCCGCGCAAUCACCCUCUUCCCUCGAACAGUAGAGAUGCUUGACCAGCUGCACCUUGCUGAUACGCUGCUACAGAGUUGUUUUGCUUGUCGGGAUACGGUAACUUACAAUGCCAAGGGUGAAGAAGUCCCUGGCCGAGGUUGGAGUUUCAUGAACAAGAUUAAUGAUACGACAUUUGAUUUUGCUCUUGUGCUUAGGCAAAAGUUCCAGGAAGAAGUUUUUCGAAACGCAAUGGCGACAUACAAUGUGCAAGUGGAAGCGCCAGUCGAGUUGACAGCCGCUUCGGUUGAUUCAAACGUUCCUUCAACAGGCUAUAGGGUAUCAGCAGUCCUUCUUGACCGCAGCAACGAGGCAUAUCGGAAAAUAAGAUGCAAAUAUCUCAUAGGCUGUGAUGGGGGACGUUCUUCCGUCCGACGAAUGUUCAAUAUACCCUUCGAGGGGUCCGCCAGCGAAGAUAAAUGGGUGAGAAUAGACGGUCAGAUCAAAACUGACAUGCCUAAGCCUCGUUCCUACUGUUCAAUUGAGUCGCCCACUCAUGGAAAUGUUCUCUGGGUGGCCCUAGACCAUGGCGCGACGAGGAUCGGAUACGCAUUCACCGAUGAUCGAGCCAACGCAUACCCCAAAUUCGACGAAGACGCUGCUGUCAAAGAAGCGGUUGAUGCAGUUAAACCUUUCAACAUUGAAUUCGAACGAGUUGAUUGGUGGACAAUCUAUGCGGUAGGACAGCGUACAGCUAGGAAUUUUCUUGUUCAUGAAUGUGUCUUACUUGCUGGAGAUGCUUGUCAUACUCAUUCAUCGGGAGCGGCCCAGGGAAUGAAUACUGGCAUUCACGAUGCGGUAAAUCUCGCUUGGAAGUUGAGUUUAACGAUACGCCGAUUGACCAACGGAGACCUUCUUAAGACCUAUCAAGCAGAGCGACUCCCAAAUGUACAGAAGCUUAUCCAGUACGACAGGGACAUCAGUCGACUCAUGACGAAUCGUCUGCCAGAGAAUUGGCAGGGAGACCCAGAUGCUGAUGUCAACGUGGUUUUAGGUCAGCUCUUCGAAGAAUCCAGCACUUUCAAUACGGGGCUUGGUAUCUCGUAUGGGAUUCAGGAAGAGAAUCCGUUAAAUGUAGAGGGCUCAUUCACCAGCUCACAACCACUAAUUAGACCGGGGAGAAGAGGACCUGAUAUCACCCUCUUGCGCCCGGGGAGUUUCGAACGUACAAGGCUCAUUCGUGAGCUUCGAAACCAUGCGACGUUCCACAUUCUCGUCUUUACGAGCGAGCGUGGGCCUGCUCUUCCGGAGGUAGUAUACGAAGACAUAGCCGGUUCGCCAGUCUUACAAUUACUCGUCAAUCGAAGUCAUUUGGACUUUAUGACCAUCCUCCCCGGGUUUAAGGUACCCUCUCCGUAUGAAUUUCUUGGGCAUGCCCCCCUCGGACGUGCGUACUUCGACGGCGUGGAUAAGGCGGCUUAUCAGCGAUAUGGAAUCGGCACCCAUGGCGCUAUCGUCGUGUUACGGCCCGACGGCUGGAUCGGUACGAUGAUCAAGUUAGGAAUAGAAGCUAUUUCGGAACUUGAGGGCUAUUUGAAGCGCAUAUUUCCGAAGAUUUAGUUUUAAGGAGAUCUAAGGAGUUUCUAUAGUGUAUGCAUGGCAAGCCAACCGGUGAUGGCUAACCGCGAAAGCAAAUUCUAAAUCCUUGCUGACCUUCUCGACGCGGUCCGCGGAACUAUGGAAGAAGUUGAAGCCUCAUCAUUGUUAAUCUAUGUUUUUUUGUCCGAACAGCGAUUCAAGAGUGUUCAGAUUUCCUGAAUAUUUACAAUCGACGAUUCGGUCGUACAAUUCGAAGUAGCGAAUAUCGCGCCCGAGGGGAGCAAAUUUCUCCAUUCACUUACCUAGGUAACUAAUAGGAUUUAUAAGAGAACUAUCGCGGGAAAAGCGAACGUUGAUAUAUUGACUGGCCCCGUCGCAGCGACCCGCGGUAGAAAAUAUUCGAUAAAGUAGAUGCAGGACCGCAAUUUCCACACCAGUGUCGAAAGCUCUAAAUGCCCAGUUGAGCGCGACAGUGGCGGCCAUGACAUAACGGGCUCAUGAUGUCGUCGAAGAAGCAGCGGCUGUUUGAAAUGCGUACUAAGAGGUAUGAUUAGAAGAAUGGGAAAGAAUAUGCC